GUCACUUUAAUGAUCUGCCAGCGUCCGCACAGCAGGAUCUUUUGAAUGAGAUGGCAAGUAUUUAUAAAUGCAUCACAAGCUAUAAGCUUCCGUCUUCCAUCAAGGGAUUCGGAGGCUUGGGAUAUGAUAACAAAGGGGAGUUGAUUGUAGGGCCCAUUAUCUUUGAUUUCGGUGGUCCUUGGGCGAGUUAUGAUGAGAUGUAUAAGAAGGCCAUGGACAAACAGCUAGCGCUCGCGGAUGGCUCGGCGCUAUUUGACGGAUGGCGUAGGAACGGACUCAGGGAAAGACUGGAAAUGUUUCGUGCUGAGGGCAUGGGAGAUAUUCUUGCCAAGGUGACUGACAAGACCCCUACACUUGUUCAUGGUGAUUUCGAUUUGCUCAACAUGAUGUUCGACCCUGCAACUAACACGAUCACUGGCUUAUUAGACUUUGAUUUUGCGCAUAUCGCUAGCCCAGCAGACGAGUUCUUCUAUUCCUUCGGUGAAACCCGUGGGCUUGUGACCGCCAUUUUCGAAGAGAAAAUCGAGGUCAUCAAGUUACGACAAUUUCUGAUAGGUGAAGCGGAAUUGUCUCAGCUUGCACCUCCCCUUGUCGAUUCUUUGUCAACAAGUACAGAUGAAACACCUUUAGCAGAAGCCAGCAUAAAGGAAACCGAUGCCGGCUGGUCUGAUGGCAUCGGAAUCGAUUGGGCACUGGCCGCGAAAUGGAACACCGCUCUUAUUACCGCUGGAGCAACGAGACCCCGUGAUCUUGAUGGACUUGGUGAACUAUCAAAUUUGUAUUGGUUCAUACAAGAGGUGUGUUCGCCUUAUAUGUUGAUGCCACGGUGGCUGGCGCGCUUCAAUGAACAAGAGAAGCUAGAGAAGGUUGCAAAUGUUGAGAAAAGACUCGUCAAGUGUUUGGAACACUGGGGUUAUUAGGCCUGCACAUAACGUUACCAUGGCUUCAUGGCUACAACAUCCGGUCGUGGAAACUGGCUGGAGUGGUGCUGCGAUGGAAAGCCCUCGGUUGAGUACAAGAAAGAUCAGCCGUGCCUUUUGAGUUACGCUAAAGUAAAUGCUUUACAUUUUGAC